UCCAGUUCUGCUCUGAGGCUGGCAGCUACUGAAACUGACACACACAGGGUUAAACCUAUUUGCUGUGGCCAUCCCUCCUCCCCCUAGUCCCCCUUUUCACUGUAGGCUGGCAGCAGUCCUAACUGCCUACUGAAGCCAAAUGCUUGAGGAGAGAGAGAGUAAGGAGCCAGCCAUGAAUCCUUUCCAGAAAAAUGAGUCCAAGGAAACGCUUUUUUCACCUGUCUCUACUGAGGAGAUGCUGCCUAGACCUCCGAGCCCUCCAAAGAAGUCACCUCCGAAAAUCUUUGGCUCCAGCUACCCAGUCAGCAUUGCCUUCAUCGUGGUGAAUGAAUUCUGCGAGCGAUUUUCCUAUUAUGGCAUGAAAGCUGUGCUGACCUUGUACUUCCUGUAUUUCCUGCACUGGAAUGAAGACACGUCCACCUCUGUCUACCAUGCCUUCAGCAGCCUCUGCUAUUUCACUCCCAUCUUGGGUGCGGCCAUUGCUGACUCCUGGCUGGGAAAAUUCAAGACAAUCAUCUAUCUCUCCCUGGUGUAUGUUCUUGGCCAUGUAUUCAAGUCUUUGGGUGCCAUACCAAUACUGGGAGGAAAAAUGCUACAUACAAUCUUAUCAUUGGUUGGUCUGAGUCUAAUUGCUCUGGGAACAGGAGGUAUCAAACCCUGUGUGGCAGCUUUCGGCGGAGACCAGUUUGAAGAGGAACAUGCAGAGGCACGGACUAGAUACUUCUCAGUCUUCUACCUCGCCAUCAAUGCGGGGAGCUUGAUUUCCACGUUCAUCACACCCAUGCUGAGAGGAGAUGUGAAGUGUUUUGGCCAAGACUGCUAUGCACUGGCUUUUGGAGUUCCAGGAUUGCUCAUGGUGCUGGCACUUGUUGUGUUUGCAAUGGGAAGCAAGAUGUACAGGAAACCACCUCCUGAAGGGAACAUAGUGGCUCAAGUUAUCAAAUGCAUAUGGUUUGCUCUCUGCAACCGCUUCAGGAACCGUUCUGGGGACCUUCCGAAGCGACAACACUGGCUAGACUGGGCAGCAGAAAAAUAUCCAAAGCAUCUCAUCGCAGAUGUGAAGGCCCUGACCAGGGUACUGUUUCUUUAUAUCCCACUGCCCAUGUUCUGGGCACUUUUGGACCAACAGGGCUCGCGGUGGACUCUGCAAGCUAACAAGAUGAAUGGUGACUUGGGUUUUUUUGUACUUCAGCCGGAUCAGAUGCAGGUGCUAAAUCCCUUUCUGGUUCUUAUCUUCAUCCCCUUGUUUGACCUUGUCAUUUACCGGCUGAUCUCCAAGUGCAGAAUUAACUUCUCAUCACUCAGGAAAAUGGCAGUUGGUAUGAUCCUAGCGUGCUUGGCUUUUGCAGUUGCAGCACUUGUCGAGACAAAAAUAAAUGGAAUGAUCCAUCCCCAGCCAGCUUCCCAAGAGAUAUUUUUACAAGUCUUGAAUUUGGCAGAUGGUGAUGUAAAGGUGACCGUGCUGGGCAGUAGAAAUAAUUCUCUCUUGGUGGAGUCCGUCAGCUCUUUUCAGAACACAACGCACUAUUCAAAACUACACCUGGAGGCAAAGAGCCAAGAUUUACAUUUUCAUCUGAAGUAUAACAGCUUGUCUGUCCACAAUGACCAUUCUGUAGAGGAGAAGAACUGUUACCAGCUGCUCAUUCACCAGGACGGGGAGAGUAUCUCCAGCAUGCUGGUCAAGGAUACAGGAAUCAAACCAGCCAAUGGGAUGGCAGCCAUCAGGUUUAUUAACACUUUGCAUAAAGACUUGAACAUCUCCUUGGAUACAGACGCUCCUCUCAGCGUGGGCAAAGACUACGGAGUGUCUGCAUACAGAACUGUGCUAAGAGGAAAGUAUCCUGCAGUGCACUGUGAAACUGAAGACAAAGUCUUUUCUCUCGAUUUAGGUCAACUAGACUUUGGUACAACAUAUUUGUUCGUGAUCACUAAUAUCACCAGUCAGGGUCUUCAGGCCUGGAAGGCAGAGGACAUUCCAGUCAAUAAACUAUCCAUUGCAUGGCAGCUACCACAGUAUGUCCUGGUUACAGCAGCAGAGGUCAUGUUCUCAGUCACAGGACUUGAAUUUUCUUAUUCUCAGGCACCAUCUAGCAUGAAAUCUGUGCUCCAGGCGGCCUGGUUGUUGACCGUUGCAGUUGGGAAUAUCAUUGUGCUUGUCGUGGCUCAGUUCAGUGGCCUGGCACAGUGGGCCGAGUUCGUUUUGUUUUCCUGCCUCCUCCUGGUGGUCUGCCUGAUCUUCUCCGUCAUGGCCUACUACUACGUUCCUCUAAAGUCAGAAGAUACCCGUGAGGCAACAGAUAAGCAGAUUCCUGCCGUGCAGGGGAAUAUGAUUAACCUAGAAACCAAGAAUACAAGGCUCUGAUGACUUGCUGAUGGAUACCUGACCCCUGGCUCUGAUUUCAGCCACUGCUUAUUUUCAAGCAACAACCAUUUUCCUCAGGCCAGGUUAGGAGAAGGAGACAGCAUCUAUCUGAAUGGAUUGCCUCCAGUUCCCUACCACAGUAGAGGCAAUUCUAGGACUAAGUUUUCAGAUACAUCUUUAAACAGGGAUCCGAGACUCCGUGCCCUACAGGCCGUUGAUCAACUUGGUAAACGUCAGGUGAUGUCUCUCAGGCUGGCCCAGUAUCUCCGAGUGCCCAUGAAAAAUACAAAUGUGUAGAAGAGAUAAGUCUCACGGGUCUGCUAAGUUUGAGGGAUUCCUUUACCAGGUAUUUGGAGCCUAUAGCUCUACUUGUCGAUGUGUUGGUUACAGAAUACUGGUUUUCCAAGUUUCUUUAUCAGUCGUAUAACUUCGCUAUUCAUGAGGAUGUCAAAAAACGUUACAUAUAGUAUGACCCAAUCCAGAGGCUAGCUUGUCAGCUAGGAAGUCUAACAUGAUUUUAAUAGAUGGCAGACUAUAGAAUGGCGUUGUAUCUACACAUGGAAGAUACCUCUUUUCUGAUUUACCACAGUGGUUUAUCAACUUACCCAACCAGGCUUUUCUCAGAUCCUGAAAACCACAAUUAAGGACAGUAGUCAGAAUCGUGGGGACACGGGGGUGCACAUAAACUAUUCAUUCUCCUGUACUACAGGAUACUAAAGAACUCUCCUGCUCCUGGCCUGGGCCGUGCUCCUCUGUGAACAUCUGUCUAAGAAACUAACUAUAACUUUGCAACCCAGGCUUUUCCGUGGCGCUGGGACAGCUUAUCUUUUUCAGUGCAUCUUAUUCUGCGUAUUACAGCAAGUCUUCAAUAACAAAAUGUUCUUCUAACCCAACUUCCUGUAAUUUUUUUCUAUUUAGCUCCUUUGUUAUGCAUCUUUACUUUUCCUGUAAUUUUUGUUUACAUUUCUCCCUUUGGGCUUAGCAGUUUCUUGUUUAUUGAAAAGGGAUAAUACUAACAUCCUAGGUCUGAAGCGCUAAACUGUGCUAGUCAUCAAAUGGACAAGGACCUGCAUGAGAAACUUAUUAAAAAUCUGUGGCGAGGUGGGACAGGUGCAGGUUUUGUUUGUGCGUGUGAACAAAAGGAGUUGAGAGGCAUUGUCUCACGUGUAAUAACGUGGGUCAGGGGACGAGUUUGGGAUGUCAGGACUGUGUCAUGUAUUCCUAGGAGAAAACGUUCCCUGCCCCUAUAUGAAAGACCUCUCAUUUCUGUUCCUUUUACUACACUGUUCCCUUCAACGGCCAUGUUGAAUUGCACAUUAUUAGUAAUGUAAUAUAUUCUUAAGCGAAUCUGCUCCAGUUCGUCAAGCUUUAAAUACUUCAGUAUUUAAGUACCGAGAUUUCAGAAAGCAUAAAAGAGGUCACAAUACCAUCUACUUUCCUCAGAUGACUUAAUGAGAACCUGUCCAGACUCCUUUAGAAGGUGUUCACUUUCCAGAAGCUUUAACUCAAACUCUUUGAUGAAUUUUGUUUUAAAAGAUGUUAACACUGAUCUGUGAAUAAAAUUUUUUACAUACAGGUAAA